CACAUCCUCUUAAUUUCUACUCCUUCACUCACUCCAAUAUGAGUCUGAAGACCGGGUUGGUGGUCCUCCUUCUCUGCAUGCCAGGGCUGCUCGGUGAUGAGUGGGCGGGGGCCUACACUGAGAAGGAGAUCUGUGCAAUUAAAGGAUCCACUGUGAAGCUUCAGUGUUCCUUUAAGUUCCCGCCCACAGAAGACGGGCGUGUGAUCAAGGUCAAGGAAACAUUUUGGUUCACCAAAUAUCCAGAGGAAGAUCUGAGAUUGGACCCUCAGUACUUUGGUGGUGUGCAGUCUGAGUGUCAUGGCAACAACUGCAGUCUGACCAUCGCAGACGUGAGAUGGAGUGACGAGUACACGUUCAGAUUCACAACCAACCAUUCCAAAGGAGGGUUCAACGUCCCGCCUGGUGUCAAAGUGACCGUCACUGAUCUGAAAGCACAAGUGUCCGGUUAUUGGUAUAAUCUGAAGUGUGUCCACAGCACUUGCAGUCCUCGGUCUCCUUCUUCAUACGUCUGGUAUAAGAAUGGAGAGGAAAUCCAUAAUGCAAAGUCUCAAGAGUACAAUGCAGAGUAUGACUCCACAGACAGUUACUCCUGUGCUGUAAGAGGACACGAGCAAGAUGUGUCUCCUCCAGUGUGUGUGUCCAGGCCAUGUAACAAGGUGGUUUACUACAAGAGACACAUCUGUGCCAUCCAAGGAUCAUCAGUGGACAUUAUCUGUGAAUACAAGAGCUAUGGAGAUACCCAGACAAAAUUCUGGUUCCGUACAGAUUCUAGUCACCCGGGGAACCCCUCCAUCACUGAAGACCCUCGGUAUGAAUUACCUUUAGAGACUUCUAGAAAAAGCAGACUGAGAAUAAAAGAUGUGAGGCAGAGUGAUUCUGCUGAGUACCGCUUCAAAUUCACCGCUUAUGAUGGUUUUGAAUGGAGGAGUAUUUCACCUGGAAGCACCUUGACAGUAACAGCUGUGCAGGUGCAGGUGAUGUCAGUCAGAGUUGAAGAUUCUCACCUUGUUGCACAAAUGUUGUGUCACACAAGCUGCCUUCCAGAAGCUCCUUUGUCUUUUGUGUGGCAUCACAAUGGAGCGUAUAUUAAUCAAGGAACCAUAAUAGAAGUCACCUUGUCACCUGGAGACUACAUCACCUGUGCUACACAACAAGUUAAUGAUGUCACCACCUCUCCUGUUCUGUAUGUUCUGAAAAGACCCUCAGUGUCUCUGAGUGAUACUGGUGACAUAUUGGAGGGUCGUCCACUGACACUGACCUGCUACAUCGACAACUACGACUACUCCUCAGCAACAGUUGAUUACUGCUGGUACAAGAAGAAGAAUGUGUCUUCAGAUGAUGAAGUCCUCAGUAAAGAUCGACAACUGGUCCUCCCGUCCAUCAACUCUUCAGACUCAGCAGAGUAUUGGUGUACUGUGGAGGACCAGCUGGGGAAGAAGACAUCAGAACCCGUCUUCAUUGAUGUCCAAUAUGCUCCAAAGCGUCCGUACGUGUUUGUAGUUCAGUCCAACAAGUUGUCGGCUGGCAGUCUGGUGAAUCUGAUCUGCAGCAGCGAUGCUAACCCGGCCGCUAGCUACACCUGGUACAAGGAGAACAUGUCGUCUCCUCUGGCAUCAGGUCAGACGCUGACCAUCAAAGACAUCAGUCCAGGUCAGACGCUGACCAUCAAAGACAUCAGUCCAGGUCAGACGCUCGCCAUCAGGAACAUCACAGAGCAGGGUGGCCAUGAUUACUACUGUGAGGCCAACAACAGCAGGGGGCGCCACAUCAUUGGUGUGCACGUGAGCGUGAAUGGAAAGUCCUUUAGAACGAUAAACAUCAUCAGGCUGUUCUGUUCUGCUGUUGUGUUCGUGGGCAUCCUGAUCAUCCUGACUCUGCACUUCAGGACAACGUCUCCCUCGUCCACCGCAGAUCCAAAUGAGCUCGUUGAGCCUGCAGAGGUGACAUGUUGUUGGUUCUGGUGUCAUGAAUGCAGUCUCACUGUCAUCGUGUGUCCUCUUGUCAGCAGCUGGAUCAAGGCGACUAUGAGAACAUUGAUGCAGAAGACGCGCUGUGACGGACAUCUUGACCAUGAACAACCAAGUUGUUUUAAUAUUCAUAUUUUCACUUCCCGCACUGAAAUGUCUAACAGGAAGAGGCAAGAAUAGAAAUACAUCACUCAUGCACGGACAAAGGAACACAGAGAGACUAAUUAAAAGAAGAAUGAAUUCAAAUCAAUAAAUAUACAAAAUAUAAGUUAACAGUGUUGGGUUAGUUACUGAAAACCAGUAUCUAGUUAGUUACUAGUUACUUUAUUUCAAAAGUAACUCAGUUACUAACUCAAUUACUUACACCAAAAAGUAAUGCGUUACUGUGAAAAGUAACUAUUUAGUUACUUCUUUUUUUUAAGGCUCCCAUUAAUGCCCUUUUAGCCUUCAUUUCAGUACUGUUAUUGCACUGGAGAAUAAUACAAUAUGUUGAUCAACUUGACAUGCAUUUGCAUCACUGAACUCUGCUAAGCAAUGUGGUCUACAUACAACACACAAAGACAGAGAUAUGUUUCAAAGGGCCAAUUUAUUUUGGGCCAGAACAAAUUGACAAAACUAUUUUAAAUAGCUGCAACAUAACAUACAUAAGUAACAAACCGCAUAAUAACAACAUGUCACAACAUUGCUGUGAACCUGGCUUCACCCAAGGAAGACACACAUGACAUGAUUAUAUGUCAUGUGACUAUAUACAGCACACAUACUGCUAUACACACGCCUAACCAGGCUUUUUUUCUCUCAAAGAAUUGUGAAAUAAAAUCAUGUCUUCAGGACAUCAACACUGUACUGAAGCCCAGAACACUCUACGCAUUUCCCCAGUUUUAGUUUAGAGAAAAGGAAAGAUUGGCCUGGCCCACUAGGAUCCCUCUUUAUGUUUGUGAACUUUAAAGUCUAUACAUUUAGAGUGAUGUGAUAAUCAAACACUCUAGAAGUCUAAAAUUAAAAGAGUAUAUAAGAGAAUUGACAGAGUGUGUGUACCUUCAGUGCUGAAUGAUGAGCAGAGGCAGAGUUGGGAGUGUCUUCUUUAGGUUGAUUUCCAUGUUGAUGUACUCACUGUCCACUGUGUCCAGGAACUUGGAAAAUGUUUUCGUGCCAUUUGCCGUUUGACGCCUGCUAUCAUGCUAAUUAGCUGCCUGAAAGCGGGUGACUCCACUGUAGAAAUAGCCCGCAUGUCUUCUAGCACAUACGCUGCAAUGGCUCUAUCAAUGUUGUCCUAGCUAGCAGUCCCUCUGUUAAAAUCCAACCGCUGUUGCUGAGGUGGUGGAGGAGGUGAAGUGUGUCUCUCCUUACUAGCUUUGUCGAAGCAUGUUGCUUUUGUAGGUGUUUCAGCAGAUUUGAAUUGCAGUUUUGGGCAGUAGAUGGGAUCUUUGAUCCAAGACACAACUUACAUUUAACUAAAAUGUUAUUUUUUUUGUGCUCGACAAAAGAAAAAUAGUGAGAAUAUCUCCAUGUAAAGAAACUCAGCUUCGGCUCAGCAUUGAUGUCUUGUUAGUAAACACAGACACGCCCCCCGCCCCACACACGCACACACAGCGCGCCUCUUGUGAGACAGGAAGAUUCAGAAGGACGACACCGCAGCUCUCCAAUUAAACACACUCAGAUCUUCUCAGUUUUUAGCCGAUACCAUAUAAAAAUAACAUAAAAUAACGCAGUAACACAUCAUGUAGUAACGGUAACUGAGUUACUGAAUAUAAAAGAUAACGCGUUAGACUACUAG